AUGUUGCUGUCAAAUAAGGAAUCAGAUCCGAAAUUGUUGAAUAGGGCAGAGGAUUUAAUGGGUAAUUCUAUUUGUGAAGUGUAUAAGAGGCAUCUAGAGAAGGCGCUAGAAGUGUUUAUAGGUUUCACUUGUUGGAUGGGGUUGCCCCUGUACCCGGCCUCAAAUGAGUUGUUGGUAGCUUUUCUUGCUUGGUUGGAGUUGUCUAAAAGGACUUCGGAGAUGCCAACCUGUUUGGCGGCAAUAGCUAGGGAAUACAAAGUAAUUGACGUGGUUGUCCCAAAAUUCAAAAAUAAAAGACUAUCUACUUCAAACAGUGUUGAUAUGUCAAAUUAUUUUCAAAGUCAAUUGGACAAAUGUUCAAAAUAA